AUGUUCAUAAACGGCCAUCAUAAUGUGUCCUGGGGCAUCGAUGUUAAUCGAUCUUCGGUUGGGAACGUAACAAGGAGCCUUUAUGAGCCCGGCGACGAAUUCAGAGACGAAAAUGGCGAUACGCCUAUCGGUAUAGAAGCGCGUUAUUUCCACUUCAUGCACAUUUCUGAAAAUGAAUCUGGUGCUGAGGAUGGUGGCUUAAUCGAGGUCCAAGUAUUCCGCUGUCAAGGACGAAGGCGCGUUGCUGCUAUACUAGACUCCUAUCCACCCCGUCACCAAGAACGCUAUGGAAUUGCCUCCUCUAGCGGCGGCUUAGUAGAAAAUCCACAAGAUGCCACUUUCUAUGAAUAUCAUCUGGAGGACCCUCGGGAUUCACCUUAUGCGACUUUCCGUUUUUAUUAUAGGUCCGUGGAAUACCUCGAAUUACUAAAUCUCAUUCCUCAGGAUGGUACUAGAAUCCGGCCGAUAAUUACAAAUUUAAGUAAAACACCAACUCCCGAUUUCCAGGGAUGUCCCGUCUCAGCGAUCUCGUCUCUUGACACAGGUAUUUUUGAUAAUAACAUCGAAGACACUUGCGUGGCUAUCUCGGAACCAUCCGAAUUCCCUAAGCUGGAAGAAUGCCGCUUGGAAAGUCCGUUCCCACUAUUGUCGGAUCAUCCGGUCGGUAUUACUCAAGACUUCAAGCCGGCCCGGAGAACUGGAACCAUGGCCGAUAUACUACAAAGACCAUUGCCUGAACUCCCCAAGGAACCUUCCAAGCAAGCGUCAAAGGAAUCACUUCGGUCGGCUUGCCCCUCUUUAACCCCGUCUCUAAAACGAUACGUUAAGAGCGAAGAAUUUGAGAACGAGGAUAUACGACUCAGUAUGGCCCAGCCGAUUCUUAUACCAUCCGAAUCAAUGCAAGCAUUAGAAUUGAGCGAUACGGAUAUCCAUGACCAAGAGGACAGCUCAUCAUCAGACUAUGCAGUUUCGCCAAUCUCCACAGAUGCGUCUCAUUCUCCAGUGCUACCGUCUCCAGAAGACUACGAUCCUACUACCGGUAGUGUGCUUGAACGUCAUCUCGACCAACUCGACUCCCCUCCCAUUGCCCAGUCAUCGCCCAAGGCCAAGGCAAGACUCCUUGCUUCUUCUAAAUCCGCGAGGAUGCCGACUGAGGGCGGGUACUCUUCUCAAGCCAGCAAUCUAAGAGUCACCGAAUCAGAGUGGCUUAGGCGGAGCCCAUCGCCUCUGAGGCGCAAAGGCAGACUGAUAAAGCGUUUAUGGAGCCCGAGGCCAGAGAAAUAUCCAGGCCACACUUCAAUGGUAGAAUUUCCUAUACAUCAAGGUAGUACAAGGAGCUGUCAAACGUCGGAAAAGAAUGAGCCUCGAGAAGUCCGGGAAGGUGUUAGAAACAGUGCAGGGCAAAUUGAGGUAGCUCCGGUAGGGAACUGGAUAUAG